AUGUCCUCUUCAACUGCAGGCAACACACUUCGUCACAAUGCCCGUUUGAGGAUACAGCGUCCAAGCGCAGGAACUGUCAGCGACAAUGAAAGUGAGACUCUCAAUGUUAGUGAUACCCUUUCCUCUUCCUCUAGGCGCUCCUCCGCCUCCUCCGCGCUACGUAUCAAGAAGCGCCUCCUGGAAAUUUUCGGAGUCGGCCGCAAGACCAAGGACACAGCUCCUGCCCCAACUGCGAUAACCGGAUCAUGGCACUGUGUCGGUGCUUCGUUUUCUGGCAUGGAUAAUAUCCCGGUCGCACUUGACCUUGAUCCUACAACGUCACAUCUUUACAACACUUCAUGCGUCAGCGUAUCUGUCCGAGCCGCCGCCGCCACAGCAACUCUCCCAACAAUACUGAUGAACUCAGGCCCCCUCACUCCUGGUCCUUCACUCCUAAAAAUCUUUUCCAAGGACGUUGCUCGAAUGGCUCUUCCCGCAACCUUCUUACCUAAACACCACGCUCUCAUUGACCAGACGUCACAGCUCGCCUACUGCUGCAGCCUAAUCGCCAGGUCACACAAUGUGCUGAUGAAUCCCGCAGAGGAUAUACCCACAACGCCGUUCUUAAACAACAAUGAGAUAGGUUGGGUCCAAGCGACCGGCCGUGUCGAGAGAGACCAGCUCCGCUGGCUCGUGGACCAGCUGAUCAAGGCGUUCUCGGACGACACCCUCAAUGAACCUGAUGCUGUUUCCGAGAUUGUGCUCCUCGGUCCGGUCCUCGAUAGCGACACUUAUCGCAGUCUGCUCUCAUGUUUCAUCGCCAAAUUCGAGAACACGACUCCGCUCGAUGUCAAUCUCGUGCAAGGUCUGAUCCAGUUGGUCGAAUGCGCGUCAAUAGGGUACCUUGUCGACAGCGACCUAGUCAGGAUCGCUGCUGUCUUGUCGAAGGAACUGGCGGUUACCCGAAAUAGCACUAGCGACCAUGCAUCGCAUUUGACGUGGGCUCUUUCUCGCAUUCUGGAUGUAAUGGUUGCCGGCAAGGUUAAAGACCUGAACCGAGAACGAGAUCACCAGCUCAUGUUGCAGCUCCUGGCCGGUCUGAAGGACAGCAGUGAUCCGUACCUCCGAAACCAGGCCGCCUAUGCGUAUCAAGCCCUCCAGUACGCCUCGGAUGACGAAACGCCACUCCAGGUUGUGUUGCGAUACGCUCAAGAAGUCCCUUUUGUCGCUUCCGCCACCACUAGCAUCUUCAAGUUGGACCCAUUGCAGCUGGUCGGCGGUCUGGAGCGUAUCUCUCAAAUCUGUGGCAGCACUUUUGAGGUGAUUAAGACGGGGAUCGAAGGCAUGAAAACAUUUGUGGAGGUUCGAGGGCGAUUCACCUCGCUCGCCAAGAGGAAAUACCAUUCGCUGGAGAAGCACUCCUGGUACCUCGCACUCCAGGUCACUGCUGGAAUGAUCCAACAAGGUCGACUCGCAGCCUUCAAUGACCUUGUUUGGAACGUCCCCUGUCGUCAAGAUCGCAACUUUCAAUGGGGCGUUUGCCGACAGAUCGCCGAGAUCGCCGUUGACCCGCUCUGGGAUACCGAGGUUGGCGAACAGGCCGUUGCCUUUCUAGGAGAACUGUAUAGAAAUAAUACCCAAUGGAAGCCUCAUGGAAAUGUCCGACGCUGGAUACUUACACUCCUGGUCCAGAUCUCAUCGCUCUCAGUUCCGUGCAUCGUACUUCGAGCUCAGGCUCUUUUGCAGGAACUGAAUUCUGACGGUAUUAGCGAGUUUCCGGGCUCAUUCCCGCUGAUGCUUCGCCUUCCUUUACCGAGCUCGUGUCCGCUCCUCGUCCAAGUCCAAGAUAUCCCCAAAGUCGAGUACGACUUGCACAAGUUGAGGAGCCUCAGAAUAGACGAGUACAAGCAGUCGGUCUUUAUCGCUCCAAUGGCCAAACCUAGCCUCCGAGCGUCAGAAGACAAGCUAUUCCCUCUGAUGGACAAGGUCAAAGAAUUCCUGACCAGCGAACGCCAGGUGAUGCUGAUCCUGGGUGACUCGGGUACCGGCAAGUCGACAUUCAAUCGGCACCUCGAGAACGAACUCUGGAAGACCUAUGAGACCGGAGGCCCUAUCCCGCUCUUCGUCAACUUGCCAGCCCUUGAGCGUCCUGAUAGGGACUUGGUCGCGGAGCAAUUAAGAUCGCUCAAUUUUUUCGAGACGCAGGUACAGGAACUAAAGCAGCACCGCCAACUCGUACUGAUCUGCGAUGGCUACGACGAGAGCCAGCUUAUGACCAACCUCCAUAACACCAACCUCUUGAAUCGACCUGGGCAGUGGAGCGCCAAGUUGCUUGUCACCUGUCGCACUCAGUAUCUUGGACCUGACUACCACUAUCGUUUCGUUCCCGAGGCUGUUGGUCUGUAUUAUCGUUCCGCCAAACACCUCUAUCAGGAAGCCGUCCUCGCACCCUUCACGACAAAUCAGAUCGAACAGUAUGUCGGUGAGUUCGUCUCGCUCGAACCACGUAUCUGGGCCAAGGAAGAUUAUAUGCUCAAGCUAAUGGCGAUCCCCCACCUUAUGGACCUGGUCAAGAACCCAUUUCUUCUGACGCUGGCGCUGGAGACACUCCCCAUAGUUGUUGCGGGCAGAGCCGACCUCUCAACUCUUCGUCUCACUCGAGUCCAACUUUUUGACACCUUUGUGGAACAUUGGUUGGAGGUGAACAAGCAUCGUCUCUUACGCCAGAGGCUCAGCGAGAUCAAGCAUGCCUUGCUCAACGAUAUGCUGGCGAAUGGAUUCGAACGAGAUGGUAUUUUUUUUCAGAAACAGCUAGCUGCGGCGAUUUUCCGAGAACAGGACGGUAUUCCUGUUGUCCAUUACUCUCCGGUGGACGAUAAAACAUCCUGGAAAGAAGAGUUUUUCAGUUCGGAACCGAAAGCCACCUUCCACCGAGAUUCAAGUCUGUUGACUCGCGCCGGCAACCACUACCGCUUUGCCCACCGCUCUCUUCUGGAGUAUUUUUACUCUCGGGCCAUCUGGGACCCAUCAAGUACCAUCGAUGAAUUUGCUCCGCACAAUUACUUUGACUCUAUUGGUGCUCCGCUGCACAUUACCGAACAUCCGCUGUCCUCAAGAAGCCUUGUCCCAGAGGCUUUGGUCAUCCAAUUUCUGUCCGAGCGCGUCCAAGUCUCGUCUGCUUUCAAGCAUCAUCUUGUCGCGCUGAUUAGGUUGUCCGUGUCGGACGCUCAGGCGAGCCAAGCAGCAGCGAACGCGAUAACGAUCUUGGUCAGGGCCGGUAUUCGAUUCCAUGGGGCCGAUCUACGGGGCGUCCGUAUUCCGGGUGCUGAUCUGACAGGCGGGAGAUUCGACUCUGCGCUGCUUCAGGGUGCCGACUUGACAAGAGUCAACUUUUCCAAGACGUGGAUUCGGCAGGUGGAUUUCAGCGGAGCACUGAUGAGGGGGACUCGGUUCGGGGAGAUGCCCUAUUUGGCAAUCUCGGUUUUAGCAUGUUCAUGUGCGUUCUUGCCUGGCGGGAGAAUGCUUGCCGUCGGGUCGGAUAAGGGCGACAUCAGCAUCUACGACACUGCAACGGGAAGGCGAGUCGAAUACCUUCUACGUCACAGAGAUCGGAUUACCAGCCUCGCUUUCUCAACUUCUGGUGACCAGAUCGUGUCAGGUAGCUGGGAUGGGACAGUGAUACUGUGGCAUCGCAGACCUAUUUGUUAUUUUGCUGAUCGUAUUUUGAGGGGACACUCGGACCAUGUCAACGACGUAGCAUGUUCAUCUACUGGCACACAGGUCGCAUCAGCCAGCUCCGAUAAGUCUGUGAGGCUCUGGAACGCCCGAGAUGGUAGCUUGCAAUUUGUCUUGCGCGGUCAUACACAAUGGGUUCAAGGUGUCGCAUACUCGCCGGACGGGGACCGCGUCGCAUCUUGCAGUCACGAUGGAACGAUACGGAUAUUCGACACUCGCACCGGAGAGCCAGUCUUGGUUUCGGACACAAAAGGGGGAAUGCUUCAGUGCAUUGCAUAUUCACCUGAUGGCCAACGGAUUGUUUCUGGCAACGCUCAAGGGACGUUGCAGCUUUGGGACGCAGCCUUACUCGAGAUGGUGGCUGAAUGGAAGGGCCAUGCGAGUCCGAUCAAUAGUGUCGAGUUUUCUCCAAACAGUCUUGGGAUCGUCUCGUGCAGUGGCGAUAAGGCGGUGAAUCUGUGGGACAGUCAGACUGGCGCGCUUGUUUCGGAGUUUAGAGGUCACUCGGGAGUGGUCUUUGGAAACGUUUUCUCCCCAGAUGGAUCGAGGAUUGCCUCCGCCAGUGAGGACAAGACCGUGCGGCUCUGGGAGGUCAACCCUUAUGAAUCCGUCGCCUCUGAUAGUGUCGUCGAGCCAUUGAAUAGUGUGACGUUCUCUUCAGACGGUCAAUAUCUGGUAUCUGGCGAUCGCAGUGGGAUGUUACGACGGUACAGCCCCAAGAGUCUUGACGAUCCUGAUCUCACUUUUUCGAGCAAAUUCAAAAGAGCCCAGUGCAUCGCCUACUCUCCAGGCGGCCAUCAAAUUGCCACUGGAGGCUUUGGUCGCGAUGUGAUCCUAUGGAGCGUCCCACCCGGUCCAGGCCCAGCUCAAGUUGUCCUAACUGGACAUACAGGGUACGUGAGGGCUGUACAAUUCUCGCCGUGCGGCGACUGGAUUGCUUCUGGCGCUGACGACCAUACGGUUCGACUCUGGGAUUCGCGGACUGGACAACCCAGCCUUGUCCUUUCUGGCCACACAAAUCCUGUCUGCAGUGUUGCAUUUGCGCCGAGCAGGCAUGAGAUCGCAUCAGGAGAUGAGAAUGGGGAUAUUCGCACGUGGGAUGUGAACACAGGAAAUCCCAAGGCUCUGUUGUCGGCACACUACGGCAGAUGUGUUGUUGCUUACAUGCCUGGUAGUGAUGAUAUCGUCUCAGCUCAUAAUUACGGAGACAUUCUGAAGUGGGUGCGGGACGGAAACGGCUUUCGCUUCCAAAGCAUCAUAAUUAGAGAAGCUGGAAUCUCCCUCUUCGCAAUCUCGUCCUGCGGGCAAUGGAUAGUCACGUCGAGUCACCGAUCGCUUCGUCUUUCAAAGUUCACGUCGAGUGAGGUUCAGCAGGACUGGAAGGAGGUGGCGCUCAUCAAGGAUUUCUUUGGACGUAUUGCAGGGAUCGCAUGGAGGCCCGAUAGACUGGAAUUUGCCACGGCCUGUGAGGAUGGAUCCAUUCGAAUCUGGUCGAUUGUGGAGGAGGAGGAGGAACCCUACAAGGUGUCAGUCAAGAUGAUAUGGGAUACUGGAUUGACUGCCUUCGUUGCGUCUGAAGCGGUUCUUGUCGAUACUGUUGGCCUCGACGCGACCGAUGAAAGGCUACUUAAGCAACGUGGCGCUGUGGAUGUCCUUGUCACUUCGCAUGGUGCUUUCGUCCCCUCUACUACGGCAAGCAACUCUUCCGAGGACUCCAUUUCUAUGUACGACACCGACAGUUUCGUCGACUUUGACUCAUCAACUGAAACUGACAUCGAUGACUAA